UAAAAACAGUCUUCAGGGUUCCCCUCAACGUGCAACAAAAUAACUCUUUACACCGAAUCAGAUUAAAAUAUUUAUCCACGAAGAGUUCUGAAGGGUAACUCGGGCUUCAGACUGAUAUGCGUACGGUACUCGGCGAUAUUCCGUGGGAGAAGAUACCGAAGAGACAAGAGGGAGAACUUUGAAGCCAUGAAUCGGUGGUAACGUCUCUCUCCUCGGUAGACGGAGCUGGGUUGGACACAAGCAGAGCACUGGGCCUCGGCUAACGAGCUAACGGUAGCUGCUAACAAGCUAACAACUUCACCUGCUGAUAUCUGGAAACGUUGAACAGCAGGGAGGGAGAGUUUUACAUCACUGGCUGCCCGUUGAAUGUGGAAAGUGAAGGGCUGCUCAUUAUUCGACCAUGGCUGUAUCAAGACUUGAUCGUCUGUUCAUCCUACUUGACACCGGAACGACACCAGUAACUAGGAAAGCAGCAGCCCAGCAGCUUGGAGAAGUAGUCAAACUCCACCCACAUGAACUGACUAACCUCCUAUCAAAGGUCCUGACCUACCUAAGGAGUCCCAACUGGGACACCCGUAUAGCAGCAGGCCAAGCUGUAGAGGCCAUAGUGAAAAAUGUUCCAGAGUGGGACCCGGCCCCCAGGCCUAAAGAAGAGUCUUGUGAAGAUUUAUCUCCAGAGGAUUCCUCCUGUGAUCGUCUGACUUUCUACCACUUCGACAUCUCCCGGCUCCUCAAACAUGGAGCAUCUCUGCUGGGAUCUGCCGGGGUUGAAUUUGAGCUACAGGAUGACAAAACUGCUGAAAUGGACCCAAAGGAACGCCUGGCCCGUCAGAGAAAACUUCUGCAGAAGAAGUUGGGUCUAGAUAUGGGUGCUGCUAUUGGCAUGGACACAGAGGAUCUGUUCAACGACGAAGACCUUGACUACACCUGCCAAUCCAGUGGACUGAGAGCACAUGGAAGCAAAGCUACAGCUGGAUCCAGCGCCAGAAACCAUGUGCCUAUUCAAGCUGCUGAGUUGAUCGACUCUGAGUUCAGACAAGGCAUGAGCAGUCGACAGAAGAACAAGGCGAAGAGGAUGGCCAAGCUGGUAGCAAAACAAAGAUCCAGAGAUGUGGACUCAAAUGAAAAGAGCAAUGACAGUUUUGAGGGGGAGCCAGAAGAGAAAAGAAGAAAAACCACAAAUGUAGUUAUUGACCAACCAGCAACAGAGAAUAAAGUCUUAAUAGAUAACAUCCCAGAUAACUCCAGUCUUUCAGAGGAGACAAAUGAGUGGCCUCUUGAGAGCUUCUGUGAAGAGCUCUGCAAUGACCUCUUCAACCCUUCAUGGGAGGUUCGUCAUGGUGCAGGUACAGGUCUUAGAGAAAUUCUGAAGUCUCAUGGUGCAGGGGGCGGGAAACUGGUUGGAAGCACUUCAGAACAGAUGCUUCGGCAGCAUCAGGAGUGGAUAGAGGAUCUUGUCAUACGGCUGCUUUGUGUCUUCGCUUUGGACCGCUUUGGAGAUUUUGUGUCUGAUGAGGUGGUGGCUCCUGUCAGAGAGACGUGUGCACAAACCCUCGGUGUGGCCCUCCGUCACAUGAAUGAAACUGGUGUUUCAAUGACAGUAGACGUCUUGCUUAAGCUGCUUAAAGAAGACCAAUGGGAGGUCCGUCAUGGUGGCCUGCUGGGGAUCAAGUAUGCCCUCGCUGUCAGACAGGACCUGAUCUCUGUCUUGCUGCCUCGGGUGCUCCCAGCAAUCACUGUGGGUCUACAAGACCUCGAUGAUGAUGUCAGGGCUGUGGCAGCCUCUGCCCUCAUCCCUGUGGUAGAAGGUUUAGUACAGCUGCUACCUAACAAGGUGCCCUUCAUUGUAAACACACUGUGGGAUGCUCUUUUGGACCUGGACGACCUCACAGCUUCCACUAACAGCAUCAUGACACUGCUGUCAUCUCUGCUCACCUACCCACAAGUCCGACAGUGCAGCAUGCAGCAGUCGUUAACAGUCCUGGUUCCUCGGGUUUGGCCGUUUUUGAGACACACAAUAUCAUCAGUGAGAAAGGCAGCAUUGGAGACACUUUUCACACUGCUGUCUAAAGCUGAGCAGAGUUGUGCCAUGUGGAUCAACCCCAUCCUGCAGGACAUGCUCCGUCACAUAUUCCAGUCCUGCAUACUGGAGAGCAACGAGGAAAUCCUUGAACUUGUCCAAAAGGUGUGGAUGGAGCUGCUGUCUCAGGCUCCUCAGCAGUAUGUGGUAGCAGCAAGCUGUCCGUGGAUGGGUGCAUGGCUCUGUCUCAUGAUGCAGGCCUCACAUAUUCCCAUCGACCUGAACAUGCUGCUGGAAGUGAAGGCUCGCUCCAAGGAUAAAGCUGGGUCAAAGGCUCGUCAAGGGACCAACCAGGUGAAGGAAACGGUUCAGGAGUAUAUAGCAGGUGCAGAGACGGUGACAGAUGACCCGGUGACACGAGACUACGUAGUGAUGCGUGCUCGUCUCAUGGCUGCUAGAUUGCUUGGAGCUCUGUGUAGGUGUAUCUGUGACCCUCAGCUCAACGCUGCAUCUCAGGAGAUCCGACCAGCUGAGUCUUUGGGCCAGCUGUUGCUAUUUCACCUCAACUCCAAGUCCGCCCUGCAGCGCAUAGCUGUGUCCCUGGUGCUUUGUGAGUGGGCUGCACUGCAGAAGGAUUGUCAGCUGGUGUCAUCCAUGGUGCAGCCUCGUCUUCUGGCCGUUCUGUCAGAGCAGUUGUACUACGAUGAAAUCGCCAUCCCCUUCACACGGAUGCAGAAUGAAUGCAAGCAGCUCAUUGCCCUGCUGGCUGACUCUAAUAUAGACAUCCAGCACCGCAUUAAUUGUAGUGUUUUCACUAUAGAUCAAGCUAAUGAGCUGGUAACCACCAUCUUCACAGAUUCGACGGGAACCCUGAACGACAAAUCCAAACAGUGGCAGGCCCUGGACAGUAAACGCCAGCAGGCUCAGGCCACAGUUCUGGAGACGAGCACAGAAUGGCAGCAGCUACACCUGCGUGUCCACAUGUUCACAGCCUGUGCAGUCAUUAACCUUCAGGUUCUUCCCGACAAACUCAACCCGCUGGUCAGGCCUCUGAUGGAGUCCAUCAAGCGGGAGGAGAACACCCUGAUUCAGGGAUAUGCUGCUUCUUUUAUAGCCAAGCUGCUGCAGCAGUGCGCUGGACGCUCGCCAUGCCCCAACCCUAAGAUCAUCAAAAACCUCUGUGCCUCGGCCUGCGUCGACUCUGCAGCCACACCCUCAUCUGCCUGCCCCGUCCCCCCAACACAGGAAAAUUCCAAAGGCUGCGGUUUGGAGAAAGAUGGCAUGCAUCAUAUGGUCAACAAAACCAGAGGAAUCAUCACCCUGUACCGUCACCAAAAGGCUGCUUUCGCCAUCACCAGUAAGAGAGGGCCAGCCCCUAAAGCCCCAAAGACCCCCACCACAGAGCUUCCCCCUGGCAGCACCAUCAGCACAGACAAUGACGAGAGCAAGAGGCCGUUUCUUAUUCAGAGACGAGGGGCAGAAUACUCCCUGACAACUGUAGCUCGACAUUUUGGUGGAGACCUCACCAAGUCUCUGCCAUACCUGUGGGAGAACACAGUGGGACCCCUGAGAACUGUGGUGACUGAAGGUUAUACUAUAGAUCGGCAGAUUCAGCUGGAGAGGGGAGACGCUGCAGCUCAGGAACUGGUCAACUCUCUGCAAGUGCUGGAAGUGAUGGCUGGAGCCAUGGCUGCUGAACUCAAACCUGUGUUGCUGGAGCAUCUGCCCCACCUGUUCACCUGCCUACAGCACCCAUAUACAGCAGUGCGUCACAUGACUGCUCGCUGUGUGGGUGUGCUCAGUAAGAUCGCAAUGCUGGAGACCAUGAACAGUUUCCUGGAGUGUGUUCUUCCCUGGUUAGCAGCAAUUGGUGACUGCACCAAACAGGAGGGAGCCAUCGAGGCUCUAGCCUGUGUUAUGGAGCAGCUGGAUGUGGACAUUGUGCCCUACAUUGUUCUGCUAGUUGUGCCAGUCCUGGGCCGAAUGAGUGACCCCAGUGACAGCAUCCGUUUCAUGGCCACACAGUGCUUUGCUACACUCAUCCGCCUGCUGCCUCUGGAGGCAGGUAUACCUGACCCUCCAGCCAUGUCUGCUGACCUGAUCCGCCAGAAAGCCAGAGAACGUCACUUCCUUGAACAACUACUAGAUGGGAGAAAACUGGAGAACUACAAAAUCCCUGUUCCCAUCAAGGCUGAACUCAGGAAGUACCAACAGGAUGGAGUUAACUGGCUGUCCUUCCUGAACAAAUACAAGCUGCAUGGGAUCCUGUGUGAUGACAUGGGCCUCGGCAAGACACUGCAGUCCAUCUGCAUCCUGGCAGGAGAUCACUACCUCAGGGCUCAGGAAUACGCCAAGACUAAGGCGGCAGACUGCAGCCCCAUGCCCUCUCUGGUGGUUUGUCCUCCCACACUGACCGGACACUGGGUGGACGAAGUGGGCAAGUUCUGCUCUAAAGAGUACCUCAAUCCUCUGCACUACACCGGACCUCCUACAGAACGAAUGCGGUUACAACAUCAAGUGAAGAAACACAAUCUUAUAGUCGCCUCCUACGAUGUUGUUCGAAAUGACAUCGACUUUUUUAGAAAUAUCAAAUUUAACUACUGUAUCCUUGACGAGGGUCAUGUUAUAAAAAACGGGAAAACUAAACUCUCCAAAGCUAUCAAACAGUUGGCUGCCAACUUCCGAGUCAUCUUGUCCGGAACGCCCAUUCAGAACAAUGUCCUUGAGCUGUGGUCGUUGUUUGACUUCCUCAUGCCGGGCUUCCUGGGAACAGAACGCCAGUUUGCUGCUCGCUAUGGUAAACCCAUCCUGGCCAGUCGGGACGCUAAAAGUUCGUCAAGGGAACAGGAAGCAGGUGUCCUCGCAAUGGAGGCCCUUCAUCGACAGGUGCUGCCCUUCCUCCUGAGGAGGAUGAAGGAGGAUGUCCUUCAGGACCUUCCUCCCAAAAUAAUCCAGGACUAUUACUGCAACCUGAGUCCUCUGCAGGUUCAGUUAUAUGAAGACUUUGCAAAGUCUCGAGCCAAGGCCAGUGUGGAGGACAGCAUCUCUACAGCCUCAGCAGAGGAGGAGGAGAAGCCAAAACUGAAGGCCACAGGACAUGUCUUCCAGGCACUGCAGUACUUGAGGAAACUGUGCAACCACCCGAGCCUGGUCCUGACCCCGCAGCAUCCAGAGUACAAACGUAUCACAGAGCAGCUGGCAGGUCAGAACUCGAGCCUUCGGGACAUUCAGCAUGCACCCAAACUCUCUGCUCUCAAACAGCUGCUGUUGGACUGUGGGCUGGGUGGUGGUGGAGGAUCAGAGGGGGGCACAGAGGCUGUGGUGGCCCAGCAUCGUGUGCUCAUCUUCUGUCAGUUGAAGAGUAUGCUGGAUAUUGUCGAGCAUGACUUAUUGAAGCCUAAGCUGCCCUCCGUGACCUACCUGAGGCUGGAUGGAAGCGUGCAGGCCGGCCUGCGUCACUCCAUUGUUUCCAGGUUUAACAAUGACCCGUCCAUUGAUGUGCUGCUGUUGACCACUCAUGUUGGCGGUCUAGGUCUAAACCUGACUGGUGCAGACACUGUGGUGUUUGUUGAACACGACUGGAACCCCAUGAGAGACCUGCAGGCCAUGGACCGAGCCCACAGGAUAGGACAGAAACGGGUGGUGAACGUGUACAGGCUGAUCACUCGAGGAACGUUAGAGGAGAAGAUCAUGGGUCUGCAGAAGUUCAAGAUGAGUAUUGCCAACACAGUCAUCAGCCAGGAUAACUCCAGCCUGCAGAGCAUGGGCACAGACCAGCUUCUCAACCUGUUCUCCCUGGAUAAGGGUGAGAAGACGGAGCAGACACCGUCAACCUCAGGGAAGGCUUCCAUGAAGUCUGUGCUGGACGGACUGGGAGAGUUAUGGGACCAGCAGCAGUACGACACAGAGUACAACCUUGAUACCUUCAUGCACUCCCUAAAGUAACACUGCAAGACCUCUCCCAACCCCACCCACACAGCCUUCAUCUGCUGACCGAGCUGGACCUGGUCAGAGCCGAAGGAGACCUAAACUGCUGCUGACAAUUGUCUGAGUCCACCCUCACCUAACACAGGAUAGAGGAGUUGUGCAUUAAGUCCCAAGGCAAUAAGUCAAACACAGCCAAAAUAAAUCUCAACCUUUAUUUUAAUUCUUUCAAGUUGAACGGUACGCUGCUACAACAUGUCUUAACAUUAUUUAGGAAUCCCAUAAUUCCUUAAGUUGUCAGAAUUGCCCUUUAGAGGAGGUACAGCGUUGUACCGUCUGUACUGUCCAACAUCUCCAGUGUUACUUUACAUCAUCUGCAUUUGUUACCAGUGAGGAUGCAUCAUAGUUAUUGUUCCAGCACCAGGAGCUGAUUCUACAGCCUGCUGCUUUUUCUCCCAUGAUGCAUUGCCCAAGUAUACAGUGUUAACUGAUUUAGACACCGUUACCCUUAUGUCUCCCUCGUCUCAUGGUCUUAAAGUACUGCGGCCCUGCCGAGCCCGUCAGUGGCUCUCUGACUGACUCAGACAUGUUUCUGUGCUACAAAAGGGAAACGGGGUGAGAGUGGCGAGCUCACUGGAGGAUCCACAGGACGUCUUCACAGGCUUUAAUGGCUGACUGGUGAGCAGAUUGUCCUCCAGAUGGCGCUGUAGUUUCCACUCUCCCCAGGAGAGUCUGUUCACAUGACCUGUUUGUGUGAGAAAUUAAUGAGUGCGUCCAGCUCUUCCACAUGUGGUGUCAGAAUGAGCACUUGAAGCAGCGUUACAAAGACUGAACAUGGGGCCAAGGUGAAACUGGUACCUGAAAGACACCACAAGUAUUUUAAAGAGACAAAAAUAGACUUGUACAUAUUUCUGUAACUGCUGCUUUUUGUUUAUGAUUGUGGAGUUGUAAUAAAUUCUACAGACCUUUGAA